CAGCAGCGCGGAGUGUUCGUAUAUUCAUUCAUUUCGAGCGCAAAGGCUGAAGACCUCACCAGAGAAAACUGUCACGCAAAGUGGUUGGUGGAAAUGUAUUCAUUCUAUUCCCUUUGAUAGACAAAAGGGGAGAAAAAGCAUAAUCUAACUGACGAUUAAUCAAAGAAAGCCUCUUCCUCGCUGUUGUGUGAAAACCGCUCCAUUCACCGACUUCACUCAAGCGAGCACACGUACAUUGCAUCGCAGUUCCGACGUUUAUACCCCCAACAAAACCCAAACAAAUCUCUCACUCGCUGUUAUUAUAUCCUACUUGCUUGUGCUGUGAGGAAGUUACCGGGUCGGAUAGGGUCACAUAGCUUGGUAUCUGGAGCAGCUAGCAAAUGAUGGAGGGGCACUGGAGUGUACUGGUGCUGGUAGUUAUCGCAUGCCUGGGACCGCCCGUGUGUACAUACGCCGUUACCGUGACAACGGUUGCACAAAGGUCAGCUGUAGAGGGCGCCGACGUACAGCUCACUUGCACCUACACUCCUCACACUACCCCCGAAGACUUCGGUUACCUGGCGUGGUCGAAAGACGGUUCCGCAUUCCUGACCUACGAAUGCGAACAGUCAUGCGGGCUGCAGGCAUCAACAGCGACCUCACCGGGCAAGUACGACCUCAACGUUGACACGACUUCGAGUGGGAACCUGACGAUUUUCGGGGUGGGGCUAGACGAUGAGGCUACGUACAUGUGUUCUGUGUUGACCAGUGACUUGGUCGUGUAUUCAAGCACAACUCAACUCAUCGUAGAUGUUCCAAUACAGGGUCUCGUCGUCUCAGACUUCCGGACGACUUCGUACACCAACAACUCGGUCGUCCAGAUCCAAGGUGAUCAGUCGUAUCAGUUUCGCUGCUCCCUCGCUCUACCAAGUAAACCCCGCGUUGCCAUUGAAUGGGAGGGAGAGCAAAUCAAUAUCACGAUGGGCGAUCAAGUCGACGAACCGAGCAGCGACGAUAGCGGGCUGGUGACGUCAUAUCGCGUUGUCCACGUGACCCCGGGAAUGCAGGAUUCGGGAAAGGUUUUACGUUGCUCAGCAUCGCAUCCCACGACCGGUCAGGUGGUGGUAUCCACCGUUGUAUUGGAUGUACAAGUAUGCCCGUCAUCUGUUAUGGUGCACGAAUGCCCGACCUCGGUCAAUUCUGGCGACUCGGCAACCCUCGGCUGCCGUUCGGCUGCAACCUCCCCUCCACCCGUGCUCUAUUGGCUGUACGAUGGCGCUCGGGUUGACAAUACGUCAUCCGAAUUCAGGGCGACGAUUGCCGAAGAUAUUGCGAACGUCCUUUCCUACACCAAGCAGUUCGAGAAGGCAGAUUUCAACAAGGAGUUCGUAUGCUGUAUUGAGAGCACGGCAAUGUGCAGCCAACUUUGUUCAGAACCGUGCCGACCAGAUAUUCUAUCUCCUCCUUCGGAUGUCACGGUGCACUCCAGGAUACCCCUUGACAGCGUGGUCGAAGGGACGCGGGAUCUCGAAGUCAACUGCACUGCAAGUGGUAACCCGAUGGGGGCGUCCUACACCAGCUGGACGCGUAUAGACGAGGCCGGUAACGUUGUUGGACCGCAGCGUAACGCGCCGUUGAGGUUCGACGCGGUUAGCCGUGCUGAUGCCGGGAUGUACCGAUGUACGGUAGACAACGGUGUGGGGUCAAGCCACUCGACACCUACAAAGGUCAUCGUUUACCAUGCUCCAAACACCACAAACGAGCAGGGAUACCGUGCCCAUGGCAACGAAGGUGAAGCGAUAUCGCUGACCUGCAUCGCGGAAGCGAAACCCAAACCAACCAUCACGUGGUACACUCCCGAUAACCGAACGAUCACCGAUCCGUCGUCUGUGCUGGUCAAACAGACGGACUACUCUACCCACGUGACCAGUAACCUGCAUAUAUUCAAUAUCGAUCCCGCCAUCCACUAUGGAAGCUAUCGAUGCCAGGCGGAGAACGAUUAUGGAAGAUCCGAGAUUUUUGUGACUCUAAGCGGAAAGUCCAAACCGUCCCCUCCCACCGCUGUGCAAUUCAACCAAAAGGUCACCACCGAUACUUCUCUGACCGUCGUCUGGCAGCCGGGACACGAUGGGGGCGCAGUUCAAACAUUCACCGUGACGUCAUGCCUGGUGGGAGCCAAUCAGAAGUGUUCGGUCUACCGCGGUUUAAACGAUACGCGGUUCGAGAUCCUCGCACUGCAGUCGUACUCGCUGUAUGACGUCACCGUCACAGGCGACAAUGUUUUCGGAGAGAGUGAAGCGUCGCGGCCUGCUCAAAAUUCCACUGCUCCAUUGUCACCUGAUCGACUAGGUGUGGUCGCCACUUACGACAUCGCAACCGGCUUCAUUACCGUCAAGCCCAAAUCGAACGACACCCGACCACUUCCCGACGACCUCUGUUUUGGCCUCGAGGUCAAAGUGAUCGUCGCUCGACGCGAAGACGUAUGUCUGAAGCUCAACGACCCCUUCCGGGUCGAGACGGAAGUCACGGAUUCACAGAUCUGGGUGCUGAGCUGUGGGCGGGGCGUGUGCAGCGAGGCAGAUCGUGUGAUGUUCCCUCCCUUGCCUGUGGAAAGUACAUUGCACGAAACCAAUGACCUUGACAUUAUCAGCCUGGUCGCUAUCGUAGCGGGCGCUGUCGUCUGCCUGGUCGUCAUCCUUAUUGUAUUCGCUGCAUGGAAAUGGAAUAAGAACCGAGGCCCGAUGCUGCAUAUGCAGAUGAGCUCUCGCAAGCUCCCUACUUUACCGCGAGGAAAUAUUUCUGGCCCGCCCUCACCGUCGUGCCAAGAGGCAAUGGAGUCUCAGGUAUACGACGGAUUAGAACUGGGAUCCAUGAACCCCUACAUGCACCCUUACGCCCAAUCAACCCUUCCUGCCAACAAACAAUGCACACCGCCCUCUAGCGGCGCUCCGGAUUCCGAUCUCCGAUAUGGCGACAAUAAGGACGAUAUCGCUAUACCGCCACCAAGCGGCGAGAAAGUAAAACAAAACCACAUCGAUGGCACCUACACAACAACGCUAACAAGUUACCUACCGAUGCGCUCUCCGACCGUUUUGAAGAAGUCCGUGCGCAAACCGAGCAGCCCCGCUGACAAGUUGACGAGCGAGUCUGCGUUUUCGUCCGUUGGGAAUAACAAUAGUGCACCGGAAAAUGCCGAUGUUGAAACGGCGCUGCUCGUGGAUGUCGGAAAUGAGCGGAGGUCGCCGAGUGAUAGCGAUGAUGGGUAUUACUCGGUUCCGAAGAGUAGCCGAGUAGCAUCGAUCGACGAGACAACGCCGGCACUUGCCGUCUACUGAAGCGGCGAUAGAGCUUUAAAAAGAGUGAUGAGCAUUUGUUUCUUUGGUCAGGACUUGCAUCUUAAAAGCAAUAAAUAUGAUUGUGGGAGUUGGUGUAUUUGAAAAAAAGUCUUGAAGAGAGCAUGGGCAUUAUGAAUGCACAAACAAAAACGCAUGUAUGCGAGGUCAGGUUGUAUUUAUGAAGCACUGGCUGAAAGAUUUGAGACUAUAGGAAGUAUUGCGACCAUUCAUACCAUCGAGGAUUGAAUCUGAAUGAGAGUAGGUCCCGUUUCGUAGAAUCUCUAGCCAAGACAGGCUUAUAAUUUUAAGGUUUCAGGAAAUAUCUUUGAAGAUCUUGAAAGCACUGAACUCAACAUACGUAACAUAAAUAACACAAAUUCGUCUGAAUAAGCAUUCCUUAACAUUGCAUGUUUACACAAUUUGGUGAACGAAGGCAAGUGUUUGUAAUCUUCACUAGUCAUAUAGAGAAACAUGAUUUACGAUGACAUAUUGCAAAUCAAUUUGUAACAUGGCCAUUGAUAACCAGAGUCUUAAAGCAUGAGAUAACUUUCCGAAUUAGUUGAAUUUAUAAUAAUAAUAAUAAUAAUAAUAGCCUAAUAGUCCACUCCAAAUUUUAUUAAACCGAAACGGAAAUUCUUUUUGCCCAAUUGAUCGUGAGCCUGGCAGCCACUGAGCAGCGCCAGAUCGACGUUGCUCUAUCCCUUAUUGUCAAAAGAAAGAUCAUUUUUAAAUCUGAUCUUUCCACUCUAUUAAUCAUUUAUAAUCUAAAUUACACCUAGGCACGGUAGCUUUCCUCUUAUUAUUAUGCCAUUAUACUUGCAAAACAUUCCACUUGCUGAUAUGUUUAGGUUUUAUCGAGUAUAUUGCGUUUUUACAAUUUCUUUGUUUAUUGCGAUCGCAAAGAUUUUCGUUAAAUCAACCGAAGGUGAAUUUGAUAGCCUUGUUCGGCACCUAUUGAAAUGUGCGAACUCUUAAAUGAUCUAUUACGUCGUACAAACAUGAUUCGUAUGGGGUAGGGCAGUGGAAUUGCCGUCUGACUUGAUUUUACCAAAGUCUUUGCGAUGUUCUUGUUAUAAAGAAUUUUUAUAGAUAAGCACGUUAAAACAAAAGCCUUUUUAUGCAAGAAAACAGUAUGCCAAAAUGCCAAAUAUUGAAUAUGCAUUUGCGCGUUGUACCCUGCCAUUUUUGUUACAUUCCAUUUUAUGUCCUUUUCUAUUAGGUUAUUCUAAUAUACAUUCCUUCCCUUUUUAGAGUAUUAGAGUUUCUCUAUAUUACUCACAAAAUAUUGUGAUCAUAAUUAUUAUUAAAUUGCUAUUUUCUAAUGUAUCAUAUUCUGGUGAUUGAUGACAAUCAACAGUACUACUUACGUUGACAAUUCUUUGAAAAUACAUGUACUAAUUUAUCAGUCGUCUUAUUUUGUAAGUUUUAUGAAAAUAGUAGACAAGCGUUUCGUUUUUCAUUAAGACUACAUCAGAAAUAAAAACUGAUGGUUGUUAAAUCAUAAUUUUGUAAGAAAACUGUUGUAAAUAGUGAUAUAUCAUAUUUCAGCCUAUAUUCACAUUGUGUACUGUUUCACGACAUUUCAAAUAUAAAAUACUCGGUCUGCUUGAAGCUAAACUGAACUUUCUGCUCUAGCGAACUGUGUAUUGCACAUCGCUAUCCUAUGGCUACCCAGGACUCGAUGCGAGAACCAACAGCAGUUACGCGGGAACAUACUACAAAAGCUGACCCGAGAUGGCGCUAGAGGGGAAUUUGCGGUAGUCCUUCUAGUAGAGUAUGACUUUAAGCUUAUUGUAUCUAGAAUGUGGAGCAUAGACAUGAGAAAUGAGAUAGGGUUUCAUGUAAAUAAACAAUUUAGUAUGAUUAUAAAAUGUAGAAAGCGAAAUAUGAAAAUAUACAUCCUUGUGAGCAGAAUUCACAAAUAUUGAUAUUGAAUUGAAUUAACCUUUGUAGAUUAUGUACAUUUUGUAAAUGAUAAGGAUCCUGGUCCAAUUUUAAAGUCAUUUCAAAUGACUUCUUGUACAAAUAUAAACAAUUGUAAAUACAUGUAAACGGCAAUUAUAUACAGAACAAUUAAAUUUUGCAUUGUAAUCACUGCUAUCAAAAUA